GUGUUAUUUAUUACUUCGUCACGCCCAGUCAGUCCACUCCUGUCGUCAGUUAACUUUGUGUGUACACUACAUACAAGAUAGGGGCACGCAUACUACCUUUUUAAUCUGCUCUAGCGUUACAGAAAUACAAGUACAGUGAUAUUUACAAUCCUGGUCCAUGGAAUUUUCCUCUUUUCUCACUGCUCCCUUGCAAAACGUGCAGGUACUAUGCGCGUGAGUGGUUUUACCUGGAGGGCUUGGGCGUACAAAGUUCAAAAUCCGAAGUCCACAAACAGUCUCAAGAUGAAGGACCCAAUCAGCACCUGCAUGUACAACCAGCUGUACCAGGAUGUCAAGCGCUUUUCGAAAUCGGGGGAGUAUUUUUGCAAGGAGCUCAUGGCAGUUUUUCAGCAAAGGUCCGAACUUGAGCUAACGUACGCUAAAGGCCUUCAGAAGCUCGCUGGAAAACUCAUCAGGGCGUCCAAAGAAAUGACCAACAAUUCCACCUACAGCGCCUGGUGUCAUGUGUCUGAUGAGAUGUACUCCAGAGCGGACGCCCACAGGUCUUUGGGCAAUGCGUUUCAGCAAGAGGCCACAGUGGAACUAAAGCAGGUCCUGGAUGAACACAACAAGAGGAAGAGGCCUCUUGACAGUGCCAUUGAAAGAAGUGGGAAAGCGGUUACAGCAAACUGGACAGAGCAACUGAAGCUCAAAAAGAAACUUGUUGGAUUGACCAGAGAACACGAAGCCCUGUUCAACUUUGUAGAGAGCAACAAACACCUCAGCACAGAGAAAGAAAAACAAAAGAUGCUAAACAGAUUGACCAAGUCGGCAGAGCUCCAGGCGCGAGUGGACGAGGAGUAUUUCAACAUGAACUUGGAGGGACACGAGAUGAGACUGAAGUGGGAGAACACGCUCAAAGCAUGUUAUCAGAUCAUUCAGGAAAUGGAGAAACAGCGAAUCGAAGUGCUGGGCGAGGCUUUGAGCAGAUACAACCUCCACAUGUCCAGUUUCGGGCAGGCUCUCAAACACGGGCAGAAGCAGAUCGAGCAGACCGUACAGAGGGUGGACGUGGACAGAGAUAUAGACACACUGUUGGCUGAUCACCGCCUCCCUCCAGAGGACAACAAGGCCGAGUUUCUCAUGGUCGACUAUUACGAAGAGGACUCGAAGUCACUGAUGGGUAAAGAGCGGAGGAGAGACGCGCUGCAAGUCAAACUACGGCGGCUACAGGACAAUAUCGCCAAGACUAAGAAAGACAUCGAAGGUAUAAAGCGACUGAUGAAAAUGUACUCUGAGAAUCCGUCUUUUUCCAACGAGAGGAACAUCGAGGAGACGGAUCAGCAGUUGGAUGAGACCACUCUAAAACUAGACCUGCUGGAGGCCACUCAUUACAAACUGUCCCUGGCUCUGUCUGAAGUGGAGGGAAGGCCAAAGUCACUGCAUCGAUUCAGCGACAGCAUCUCCAAGUGGAAAGAUAAGGACAGCGAGCACAGCGCGGUCCAGCUGAGGCGCCCGGUGAAGUUGAGGAGGUCUUCGUACCGUUCCCGUCGCUCCCUCAGGGCCUCCAUCAUUUACAAAGGGCCGAAUGUGACCGCGGAGCCGAGCGGGGCCGCCUCACCGCCCCCGACCCCGACCCAGGAGACAGGAGAGGAAAAGGGGGCCAAGACUCACCCAGACAAGGAGCACAAACACGCUGAACCCCCGCUUGAGUCGAGCUGCAUCGGACAAUGUAAGGCCAUAUACGACUUCACCCCAAAGCAGGAGGAUGAACUGUCCUUUAAAGAAGGUGACGUCCUAAACAUUUUCACGAAGGCGGAGAACGGCUGGUGGUUCGGGGAGCUCAACGGACACAAGGGACACUUCCCCUGUACUUAUGUGGUGGAAGUGUGUGAGGAAAAAACUCUCAAAAAGCCCGAAGAGGUCUUAGAAAAUAACACUCCGAGCUCAUAA